AUGAAUGCCGUUUUCAUCGCUGGAAUGAGUUUGGAUAUAACCAAAGACAAGAUCAAAAGUCAUCUUGGUGGGAUAACCGAUGAUUUCAUAUUCACCGACUUCAAGAAACAUCCUCAUCGAGAAGUCAUGCUAGCUUGUAUGGAAUUCGCGAGUCUGAAACAUGCCGAUGAGGUGAUUUGUUUCGUUCGAGCACACACUAGUCUUUUGGGUGGUAAGAAAGUGAUAGCUCGUUAUUCAGACAUACAAUCGAACACUGAAUCCACUAGAGAUAUCCUUCUCGUCCGUGAAGAAUUAGCAUUGUGUCCUCCUUACAACCCUAGAUCAAUAUGGCCUCGUUCACAGUCUCAACACCAUCAUUCCAACUCGACCAGGUAUCAAUCGUAUCGUCCAUACGCAUCUCUCAAUCCUGUCAAGUCACAUGGUCGGGUAAAACCACCAUUUUCUCCUACGAUCAGCUCGUCGAGUCCCCCAUUUAAACCUGUAGUCUGUAAGAUCGAUACGUCAGAUCCCGCAACCAACAAUGCGUUCAAGAUACCUGAAUCGAGGGAGAUACCAGGAUCACUACCGCGUAAACCCGCCGUUGUUGGGUCCAGCAAAAAAUCAGAUCAUAACGUCAGCUCCGACCUUGGACCUUCGCCAUGUCAUGAUCCACCAAUCCCUACCGGACCUAAAGCACUAAUUGAACGAAUCUCUUUCACCCCUCGUACAUCGUCUUCUUUUCCGCUUGAACAUUUCAACUAUACCACAACAGUUGAAGCUGGAACUCCUGAAACAGUCGUACCAAUCGAUAAGAUGCGAUCGGACCAAAUCAGCAAAGCACUCUCCGCUUUAGCUGCAAUGACCCACAAGUUGAAAUUGAAUUCAGACAAUCCGACUCCUACCGCUGAAUCGACACCAGCCGACAGAGACCAUGGAAAUCAUCCUGAGGAUAAUGAUAGACGCUUUGUAGAACCUGUCCCUCCCGGUCGAAACACGUCUGCAAGACCGCAAAAAGGGCUAUCAACCAGUGCGAGAAGGAGACACACGAGAGAAGUUGGUCGAAGAAGAUCUUCCUCGUCCUCCUCCUUCCAUCAUAAAGGUCCCUCAGGCAGAUCCAGCCAAAGGCGAUCGUCAUAUCAAACUUAUGAGCCAGACCACAGUGCGCAGAGCCGCCACCGACAUCGACAUGGUCAUCACAAUCAUAAUCGAAGAUAUGAUCAUUACAGGCCCGAGUCGAAGAGUAGGCCUACAACUACCAUAAUUAAGGAUGAAAUGAAAGGAUUCGAACAUUAUUUCAAAGUUGAGGAAGAAGAGGACAGUACGAUUGAACCUAAGUAUAUUGGAAUUUCGGAAGAUCGGAGGCGAUUGAUAUUUGGUCCAAAAAGGAGGGAAGUUGGACUGGCUUUACUUGCGGAUCACAAAGACGAAGAAGGUCAGGGUGUACAGUCAGCAGGAGAAGUACCUGCUGAAGAGAGUCAGGUUGAAUACAGUCCUUCGGAGCGAGUUGAAGCGUCUCUUCUGAAUGAUAACGAAAAUACUUCGAAGGUCAAAGAAGACGUCAAUGAAGAAAGCAGCGAGGAAGAAGUGGAGGAAAUUGAAGAUGAGAGAGUUAGGGUGAAACCUGUCGCAAAUGCAGGUGUGGCCGUAGAACAGAACGAAAAUCGUGAGAGUAACGAAAUAGGUCUCGAAGGACCAAUUGGCGCACAAACAGUAACAGAAUGUAAAUCCGGAGAGGAAGAAGAAACGAAUGCUGAAGAAAGUAAAGAAGAAGGUGAAAUAUCAGAAGGAUUAGAUCAUUUUGAUACCGCCAACUUCCAUGACACUCAGCUUCAGACCAAAGUAAUCGAGAAAUGUCGACUCGUCGGUAAGACAUCAAGGAAUGCUUCGACCACUGAUACACUAUCUCGAUCCUACUCGAAAUCCUCAUCACCAAAUGUCGAUUCCAGCAACACACUCACACCUAAACUUAGGGUAUAUCGUAUAAGCGAUUUAUCUUCUGAUGUCUUGGAUCUGAUGGGUAUUCAACUUCGAUAUAUCUUCGAAAACGACAAGUUGAAUCGAUCGGAUAGAUGGGAAGAAAUUUCUUUAAAUAGUGAGGGAAAAGGAAAAGUACUAAAAUUGGCAGGUAGGGAUCUGGGUAAAAGGUUGGGUAUGAAUAAUAGCGAAUUUGAGAUUGAAGGUUUAUUACGAAAUGGUUCGUCUCACAGUAGUGGUGAUGAGCAUGAUCGUCCCCGUAAGAGACCCAGGUCUGCGUCUGGAUCCGCAGACAACGAGGCAGAAGUGGAACGAGUAGGCAGGAAAAGGAAGAGAAUUAUCAUUUGA